GCCUGUGGGCGGGGCGAUAUGACACCACAAUUAAAGAUGAACUUUGCGUGAACUAAUUUAUCUGAGGAAGGUAACGGGAGGAGACCUGCGCGCCGUGGAUAUAUAAGGACGCGCGAGCGCCGAGUCUCUCAGUUUGCGCGUAAAGACGCGUCUCUUCUCCAAAACCGAGCUAGAUCUUUCCGCGUGUAGGCAUGGGGCUGUACACUCUCCUGAUCACUUUUCUCUGCACCCUCGUGCUCCCGGUGUUGCUCUUUCUUGCCGCCGUCAGACUGUGGGAGAUGUUGAUGGUUCGGCGCGUGGAUCCGAGCUGUGGUCUCCCGCUGCCGCCGGGCACCAUGGGUUUACCGUUCAUCGGCGAGACGCUUCAGCUCAUCCUGCAGAGACGGAAAUUCCUAAGGAUGAAACGGCAGAAGUACGGGUGCAUCUACAGAACUCACCUCUUCGGUAACCCGACCGUCAGAGUGAUGGGAGCAGAUAACGUGAGACAGAUUCUACUGGGUGAACACAAACUGGUGGCCGUUCAGUGGCCGGCAUCCGUCAGAGCUAUUCUGGGCUCUGAAACGCUGUCCAAUGUUCAUGGCACGCAGCACAAAAACAAGAAAAAGGCCAUCAUGAAAGCGUUCUCCAGAGAUUCUCUCCAGCAUUACAUCCCGGUGAUCCAGCAGGAGGUGAAGAGCGCCGUGCAUGAAUGGCUGCUGAAAGACGGAUGUGUGCUGGUUUACCCGGAGGUGAAGCGCCUCAUGUUCCGCAUAGCCAUGAGAAUCCUGCUGGGCUUCCAGCCCGAACAGAUCAAGACAGAUGAGGGGGAAUUAGUGGAAGCUUUCGAGGAGAUGAUCAAGAACUUGUUCUCGUUGCCCAUCGACGUUCCCUUCAGUGGCUUGUACAGGGGACUAAAAGCACGCGACUUCAUUCAUUCCAAAAUUGAGGAGAACAUCAGGAAGAAAAUGCAGGAUGGCGAUAACGAAAAUGAGCAGGAGUACAAAGAUGCUCUUCAGCUGUUGAUCGAGAACAGCCGCAGAAGCGACGAGCCGUUCAGUUUACAGGCGAUGAAGGAGGCAGCGACUGAGCUUCUGUUUGGAGGUCAUGAGACCACAGCCAGUACCGCCACCUCUCUGGUGAUGUUCUUGGCUCUCAAUCCAGACGUGGUGCAGAAGGUCAGAGAGGAGCUUCAGGAGAAGGUUGAGACGGGCGUCUAUUCUCCUGGAAAGACUCUGAGCAUGGAGCUGUUGGAGCAGCUGAAGUACACUGGAUGUGUGAUUAAAGAAACGCUGCGGCUCAAUCCGCCCGUACCCGGAGGAUUCAGAGUGGCUCUCAAAACCUUUGAACUCAACGGUUACCAGAUUCCCAAAGGCUGGAAUGUCAUCUACAGCAUUUGUGACACACACGACGUGGCUGAGGUCUUCCCAAACAAAGAGGAGUUCCGGCCUGAGAGAUUUCUGAGCAAAGACAUGGAAGACGCUUCCAGGUUUAACUACAUUCCCUUCGGUGGCGGCUCACGGAUGUGUGUGGGAAAAGAGUUCGCCAAAGUGUUGCUCAAGAUCUUCAUAGUUGAGUUAACGCAGCAAUGCAACUGGACUCUGUCCAACGGACCCCCGACCAUGAAAACUGGCCCAACGGUUUAUCCAGUAGACAAUCUGCCCACCAAAUUCACUUGUUACAAUAGAAAUUAAUCCAGAAAUAAACAUGAGCUUUGUACAUUUUAUAGAUAUAGAGACAUUAUAUAUAUAUAUUUAUAUAUGUAUAUAUUUUAGAUGAGCUGUCGUGUAUUUGAGAAUUUAUUUUUUUGUUUAUAUGAAAGAUGUGUGUAUAUAGGUCAAGAAAAACAAAGGCACUCUACUUUUUUAUGGAUCAUCUCUCAUGUAUAUUUGUCAUGUCCAUUUUUGUACUAUAUUAUUUAAUUUUCUCUUAUUGUAUGGGCUUUAUUUAAUAAAACACAUUCUA